UCUUCUGAAACAUCACGAACCUUCGGAGAAGAUCCGUCUAUGAGGAGUGUUCGGUUCUCCGUCUGUGGUUGCAGACACAGAGAGAAGUAAAAGAAGGGUUUCUUCCUCAUUUUCUUCUUCUGCUGCUUAUUUGGUUAGUGGGUUUUCUCUCUUUUUGUUCGGGGGUUGGUUGGGGGGCUUUAGGGGGAGAUGGAGAGAAAACAAGGAUUCUUCUCGGCGCUCAAGGAGGAGGUGGUGAGAGGGUUGUCCCCGGCGAGGUCCAGGGCGAAGAGCCCCGCCAGGAGUGGCUCGCCCAUGUCGGGGCUCCUCCGACGGAGGAAGCAGCAUACUUCGCAUCCUCCUGAACCGCUGAUGGCGAGAUCCGGGAGCCUAAGGCCAGUGGGGGAGACGCUGACGCCGUUGAUGGAGGGGCCUGAUCCCGACGGCCGUGAUGGAGGAGGGGAUUCUAAGAGAGAAGGGUGGGGCCACUGGAUGAUAGGGCAGCUCUCUCGUGCACCCUCUGUUUCUUCAUCUGCUUACAAGCACUCCGAUCUGAGGCUCCUGCUCGGCGUCAUGGGUGCUCCUCUUGCGCCCGUUCACGUUUGCACUACCGACCCAUUGCCUCACCUUAGCAUCAAAGACACUCCCAUUGAAACUUCGUCGGCUCAGUACAUACUGCAGCAGUACACGGCUGCAUCUGGAGGCCAAAAGCUUCAGAGCUCAAUCCGCAAUGCCUAUGCCAUGGGAAAGUUGAAGAUGGUGGCCUCUGAGUUCGAGACGGCCACAAAGGUUGUAAAGAACCGGAAUACAUCCCGAGCAGCCGAAUCUGGUGGGUUUGUGCUGUGGCAGAUGAACCCUGACAUGUGGUAUGUGGAGCUAGCUGUUGGUGGUAGCAAGGUUCAUGCUGGCUGCAAUGGCAAGUUCGUCUGGAGGCACACCCCAUGGCUCGGAGCGCAUGCGGCCAAAGGCCCUGUGAGACCUCUGCGUCGUGCACUACAGGGUCUUGAUCCCAUGACCACGGCUAGCAUGUUUGCGGAUGCUCGGUGUAUUGGAGAGAAGAAUGUUAAUGGGGAGGAUUGCUUCAUCCUCAAACUAUGCGCAGAUCCGCAGACACUGAAAGCAAGGAGUGAAGGGCCAGCAGAGAUCAUAAGGCAUGUCUUGUUUGGAUACUUCAGCCAGAAAACGGGUCUCCUCAUACACAUGGAAGACUCUCAUCUCACCCGCAUUCAGUCCAAUGGAGGUGAUGCUGUGUACUGGGAGACUACCUUCAAUACCUUCCUUGAUGAUUACAGACCUGUCGAAGGUAUCAUGAUUGCCCACUCAGGCCGUUCGGUGGUGACCCUAUUUAGGUUUGGGGAGAUGGCAAUGAGUCAUACCAAGACGAGGAUGGAAGAGGCAUGGACUAUUGAAGAAGUGGCUUUUAAUGUCCCCGGCCUGUCAAUGGACUGUUUCAUUCCUCCCGCUGAUAUUAGAGGCGGAUCUGUGAGUGAGACUUGUGAGCUCCCUCAGAGUGAGAGGGGGAAGGCCUUGGUGGCAGCUGCUCAUCGAGCCAAAGUUGCUGCUUUUGGAGAUAUCUCAUGAUAGCAACCAUGAGAACAUCAGGUGGAAGAUGGAAAUCGUCUAAUUGGAUGUAGGGACUCUUCAUGGCAGUUUGUUCAUACAAUACUGAGUAGUUAGUUAGCUUUGACAGACCUAGACUGACUUUAGGAGGUGGGGGUGGGUGGUAAAAUGGUAGUAGAGUAGGAAACGAAGCUGAUUGAAAAUUUUUCGAGUUGGGGGAUGUGUAAAUCUGUAAAUAGAGCAUAAUUAUUCACACAUUCACAGCUUGGGUGAAUCUUUAUACUCUAUACAGGGUAGGAUUUGGGGCUCUUUGUUUUCCACCUGGGGGGGGGGGGGGGGACAGAACAGAUGGAGGUUUGUUUUUUCAAUGUACCUUCCAUGCAACAGAGGAUCGUGGUGAUGCUUUGAUGGCUCAGAGAGGAAUCACUAUCCUUCAAUAGUUCUAAUUUUUCGUGCCGGAAUGUUACUGAUGGUGGUGGCGAUAAAGAAUUCAGCUGCUGGCUGUUGUGGCUCCUUACUUGAUGUCCUUUGGUUCUUAAGAUUUGUUUAUGUGCUUGGGUUUGUGUCUUGUUAGUGUGUUUGUUUGAUUGAUGUAGAAGUUUUUGGUUUGGGUAAAGGAGGGGGAAGGGAUUAUUCUGGAUCCCAGAGCUCUCAGAUGAUGAAGAUAGAAACCUAAUUUUUCUUACCUACUGUAACGGAAAUGUUGGUGUUGAUCAGGGCAUCUCAGUCAUGGAUUGUUCAAUGCUGUUGAAAGAAAAUGUAAACAGAACUUUUAUGUCUUCCAUCAGACAGUAAUGCUUAUAUAGUAUAGUUAUACCAUUCA